GGCAGUGCACUUCGCCAUCUGCCAGCGUAUUCUACCCCCUCCGUGGUCGUACGCUGUGCCAGUUCGGGUCUUUACAUCCUGCCCCCUCCGUGGCCGUGUACUGCACCCAAGUUAAUAUAAGAUGGCAGAACAGCCAGGCAUGUCGCAAUCAACCCAUAUGGGGCCAGAUCAGCCAGGCAUGCCACAAACAGCCAAGCCACAACAUCCUAACACGACUAAGACCAGACAUGCCAAAGCUCUGGCUAAGACAAAACAUCUUUCCAGCCAUAGCAAACCAAAGCGCCCACGUUAUGUUUCUGUGCCAACCACCACCACAGCACAGGCACACAUAAGCGAUAUUCUCCAUUCCCCUGCUGCUUCCUCUGACGAGGAAGAGUUUGUUGGUUUUCCCGCUCAGUGUUCGCCUAACGAACCUCCCUCUGUUUUACCACCCCAAACAUCUGUUCCAAUAGCUCCUCAGGCACAUACAUCUGCCACAUCCGGUCUGCAGCUGUCUCCUGAUUUCCUUUCCCAACUUCAAGCCAUGCUGGCAUUUUUCACCCAAAUGCAGUCACUACCACAAGUUCCUGCCAUACCUCAACUCAACAUGGACCAACAUGCGUGUCAUGAAGCUCAUUCUUCCUGUUCACCAGAUCCCUUUGACGUAGCCAGAGGCAGAUGUACGGACGAAGCCUCGUGUGCGGAGGAGUCAACUUUCACUGACCAUGUUGAAGGAGACGACUGGAGCGACUAUUCAGAUCAUGAGGAGGAUACAUCGCAUCGUUUGUUUAAUACCUCAGACUAUCAGCCGCUAGCACGUAGGGUAGUUAAUACCCUUGGUCUCCAGACUGCGCCUUCAACUUCGUCCGCUCCAGCUAUAAAAGGGGCCAAGGUCCUCAAAUCCCCUGCACCUACUGAACACUACAUCCCGGUGCCGGACCCAAUUGCCAAAUUAGCCUCUGAAGAAUGGGCUCAUCCACUCCAAGCUCGACGCUUCAAGAACCUGGCUGACAGGCUUUACGCCCUAGCUCCAGACUUUGCCACCAAGUUAGAUGUCCCUGGCAUAGAUGAACCAAUCGCUCGCCUCGUUUCACGAUCACUUUUGCCCAGGGAAGGGGAAUCACACCUAAAGGACACUACUGAGCGACGAAUAGACUUCGCCCUCCGCAAGAAUCACGAGGCCACUGCCGUAUCCAUGCGUGCCUCCGCUUCAGCCUCCAUUUUCUCCAGAGCAUCUAUGAUGUGGCUGGAUGACCUUCUAGAGGACGCUAACCCUGAUCCUGUCGCCCUCAGAAGAGCGCUAUUGAAAUUGCGUAAGACAGCAGCUUUUGUGGCCGAUGCCACUCUGGAUGCCACUCAAUUAGGGGCACGAGCCAUGACAGCUCAAAUAGUCACUCGACGCACCCUCUGGCUUCGCCACUGGCAAGCUGAUUCAGCGGCCAGAUUGAACCUGUCCAGGGCUCCUUACUCCGGAUCUCUACUCUUCAGCGAGGAAGCUCUAAAGGCAGUGCUGGUUGAUCCAAAAGACGCCCACAAACCGGUUCUGGCCACAGUCAAGAACAUCGACCACAGGCCUUUCAGGCGAUUUCCUUCCUUCCGUUCUAACCAGCCCUUUCGAGGAACGCGGCCAGGAGGACGAGGCCACGACUUCAGAUCCUAUGACCCCAACGCAUUCAGGGGCUCCUGGAACCGACGCUUCCAGGGCAGAGGCCUACGGCUGGCUUGUCAACUUCGACAAAAGCCAUCUCCAACCAACCCAACGCCUACUACAUCUAGGGGCAAUGUUGGACACCCUGCAGGCAAUGGUCUUCUUGGCUCCAGAUCGCAUCACUGCCAUCACAAGCAUCGCAAGGUCCCUGAUGCAACAAACAUCCGCAGACGUCAUGCUUCUCGCCAGAGCGCUCGGGAUAUUCAUCUCUACAAUCCACAUUGUGCCAUGGGCUCGAGCCCACACUCGGCCCCUUCAAUGGGUUCUGUUGCCUUUUCAAAAAGACAUUGCCAGCUCCAACCAUCGCAAAGUUCGUUUGAGCCCCGCACUGCGCCUCUCCUUCCGCUGGUGGACCAAGGUUCAACACCUCUCCAAGGGCACGUCGUUCAGAGAACCCCGCAGAACCAUUGUAACCACGGAUGCCAGCCUCAUCGGUUGGGGAGCCCACUGCAACUCCCAGUACGUUCAGGGGGUUUGGUCCACCGCAGAGCAAACUCAAAGCAUCAACUGGCUGGAGCUAAAGGCUGUCCACUUAGCUCUACUUCAUUUUCAGUCUCUGUUCCCUUUGGAUCAUGUGCUCAUUCGAACAGACAACACGUGUGUAAAAUCACAUUUGAACAGACAGGGGGGCACCAGGUCUCGUCCUCUGCAGGACUUAGCCUCCCUCAUCUUUGUCUGGGCAGAACAACAUCUACAAUCCCUGAAAGCAGAACAUCUCAGAGGGAUUUGGAAUGUGACAGCAGACUGGCUCAGCAGACAACAGGUCUUUCCGGGAGAAUGGAAACUUCAUCCAGCCAUUUUCCAUCGUCUCCAGUGUCGGUUCGGCGCCCUCUCAGUCGACCUGUUUGCUUCCAGUCACAAUUGCCAGCUUCCCAGGUACUUUACCCGAUACCUGGACUCAACAGCAGAAGCAGUGGAUGCUCUGACAACACCAUGGCCAGACGGUCUAUUGUACGCCUUUCCUCCCAUACCAUUGUUAACCAAAACCUUGAGGAAGGCUCAAACCGAGAAGGCACAGCUGGUUCUGAUAGCACCAUUUUGGCCACGCCGACCGUGGUUCUCAGAUCUUCUGGUAAUGUCAAUGAUGGAUCCUUGGACACUUCCAGUCAGGCCAGACCUCCUAUCCCAGGGUCCAGUUCUGCACCAGGACCCUACUUGGCUCAAUCUAACAGCGUGGCGUUUGAACGGGGACAUUUGAGGUCAGCUGGACUGUCUGACGCUGUGAUUGAUAUUAUGUUGGCCUCGAGAAGACCAUCUACCACUCGUAUUUAUCAACAUACCUGGGUGGCUUUCUCCAAGUGGUGUCAGUCCCACCACCAUGAUCCAUCCCAGGCCACUGUGCAUCAGGUGCUGCAAUUUCUCCAUAGCGGCUUUAUGAUGGGACUUCGACCCAACACUCUAUGUCGACAUGCGUCCACUCUGUCGUCCAUCCUCUCAGUGUCCUCUCCUGGAGAUCAUAUUUCCUCACAUUCGUUCAUCAAACGUUUUUUGAGGGGAGUCGCCCUACGCUCUCCGGCUGUUGUCCAUCGGUUUCCCUCAUGGAGUUUGCCGAAAGUUCUGCAGGCUUUGCAACGCCCUCCGUUUGAACCCAUCAGGACUGUGCCCCUACGUAUACUGUCCUUCAAGGUCUUGUUUCUGAUCGCAAUCACAUCUGCCAGACGCGUUUCGGAGUUGGGCGCAUUGUCUUCUGCUCGACACCUCUGCGACUUCCAUAAGGACUCUGUUGUACUGAAGACUGAUCCUUCCUUCCGUCCCAAGGUCGAUUCAGUUUUUCAUUGCAACCAGGACAUUGUUUUGCCUUCCUUUUGCCCGAAUCCUACCCAUCCUCUAGAAAAGGCUUGGCAUUCGUUAGAUGUCCGGAGGGCUCUCAAGACCUACCUGUCUAGGACCCAAGAGAUUCGACGAACGGAGUCUCUGUUUGUAUCCUUUCAUCCAAGGUCUAUGGGGCAUAAAGUAUCCAAUCCUACCUUAUCCCCUUGCUUAAGGGCAUGUAUUACUUUAGCAUAUGAGUCUCUGAAGCUGUCAGUUCCAGCUAGUAUAACGGCUCAUUCUACCAGGUCAGCUGCCACUUCGGCUGUUUUUGCCACUAAUGCUCCUGUUGCCGAUAUUUGUAGGGCUGCAGUCUGGUCUACCCCACACUCGUUUAUAAGGCAUUAUAAAAUUGAUCGUUAUGCCUCUGCUGACGCAUCUUUCGGCAGACGAGUGUUGCAACAGGUUCUUAAUGAGGAUUAACACGUGGGUGGUCCCUCCCUGUAUGGGCUGCUGUGGUACAUCCCGCUGUGAUGGCCGGACUCAUAGGGAAAAUGGACCAUUGGUCUCACCUGAAGGGUGAUUUUCCUAUGAGUACGGACAUCACGACCCUCCCAGUUGGAGGAUGACUAUAUAUUUUCUAAUGUAUUAUAUGUUACUGUUACGCUAUUAUUUAAAUUUAAGAGUGAAGUCAAGACUUCUAGUUCUGUUAUACCGCGAUGUUGGAGUCAUGUUACUAUGCAUGGUACUAUUGUGUUAUUUUCCUGUUGCCAGGCCGGUUGGCCUUGUUCUUGUAUUUUUAGAUAUUUCUCCUUAGACUCGCUGUGAAUGAACUGGAGAGUGGGAGGGGCCUGACGCCCCUAGUCUUGACUUCAAAGACAUUCUUGCCUUCGCACGAUAGGUGGAGCUAAAACCCGCUGUGAUGUCCGUACUCAUAGGAAAAUCACCCUUCAGGUGAGACCAAUGGUCCAAUCUCUUCAUAGAAAAAUGGAGUAUGGUUUUUUUAGUAUGUCUUAUGUAUUGGAGUAAGAAAACUCAAGAAAAUGUACAAACUAUAUUGUUUGUUGUAAUAUAAUCUAUUUUGUCUUCGAGUAUAUGAUGUACAAUUAUGAUUAUUCAAAAAAUGAAAGAAAGACAAAAGCUUAAGAAAAGAGGGUCACUGUCUUUAAAGAUUAGGUGGGGCAGUGUACCAGCAGCACCAGCCAAAUACACAUUGUUUAAGGCUCUGAUCCUAUGCACACUUUCCUGGGAGUAAGCCACCAUUGCAUAAAGUGGGAAUUAUUUUUGAGUAAAUGGGCACAGGAUUGCAUUGCAAAAUGUGCUAAUUGGCACCAUAUUGCUGCUUGGUUUUUCCUUGCUACAGUCCUGUUAAGGCUAAGAAAAGGCUACAGGAAGUUUUCCCAGAUCCCACCUGAGCAUACCCUGAGCAGCUCCUUUCAACAAGGAAUUAGUUAUUACAGCCUGAUCACAUUCUGAGGUUGGAGCGUAAAGGAGAUUGGGGGUAUGGGGAGGCAGGUCAAAGAGGGAAUUGGACUACAGAGGUCUGCCUUUGUGGAAAAGGAAAGAGCUGCUUCUGAAGGAAUGGAGUGUGUCCUUCCUCUUACAAGUGGGUUGGCUUUCCGUGUGAUCUCCACCGUGCUCCAUGUUUGUGUGUGCAAAAAGAAUUUCUGAGAGAAGCAGUCGAUCCAAACUUGAUGGGGAAAGGACACUUUCUUGUAAGGUGUUACCUGUGAUUACAGUAUGCAGAAGCUUAGCACAUGGGGGGAAAACAAUAUUACAUUUAUUUACUUUUCUUUC